CUCAGUGGAGAUAUUCGUGCGCCUCGCUGACGCUGUACAAUCGCGCACUGUCCUUGCUUGCUGGAAGAGGAUUCUAAUAUUUUCCACGAUAAUUUGCAUUCCAGAAUCGUUCAUCAUUUUGACUGUCUGCACAGGAAUAAACACGCAGGAGACAGACGCAUGCCUAUGGACCGCAGAUAUUGCCGUGGUGUAUGCUCUCUCGGUGUCUCAUCUGUUUUGUAGUUAAAUACAACAGCUUUUGAAAUACACAUUAAAAUGGCCACAGACGAGCUGUCGUCAAAGCUCAGCCGUCGGCUGCAAAUAGAAGACGGUGCCGAGGAACCCGUGGCGGUUGAUGAGUGUGAUCAGGGACAUGAGAACGGUGCGGGUGAGGAGAAGGCGGCCACAGCGAACGCAGACUCUGAGUUGGGCGCUAAACUCAUGCGGCGUGGGGAGUUGAACGACGGAGUGGGUGAACACCAUCAGCCGAGCAUGAAGGUCUUCAAUCCCUACACUGAGUUCAAGGAAUUCUCCAGGAAGCAAAUCAAAGAUAUGGAGAGAAUGUUCAAACAGUAUGACGCGGGGAAGGACGGCUUCAUAGACCUGAUGGAGCUGAAGCUAAUGAUGGAGAAGCUGGAGGCACCACAGACCCACCUGGGCCUGAAGAACAUGAUCAAGGAGGUGGACGAGGACCUGGACAACAAGCUGAGCUUCAGAGAGUUCCUCCUGAUCUUCAGGAAGUCGGCAGCAGGGGAGCUAGCAGAGGACAGCGGUCUCAGUGUUCUGGCUCGGCUAUCAGAGAUUGAUGUGUCCACUGAGGGAGUAAAGGGAGCCAAGACCUUCUUUGAAGCCAAAGUGGCGGCCGUCAAUGCAGGCAGCCAAUUCGAGGCGGAGAUCCGGCAGGAGCAGGAGGAGAAGAAGAAGCAGGCAGAGGAGAAGAAGCAGCGGCAAGCUGCCUUCAAGAACCUCCAGUCGGCCUUCAAAUAACCACCUCUUCCUCAGCUCUCCUACAGCCCCAACUGUCCCACCUCCACUGUCCGUCUGUCUGUUUGUCCGUCUGUCCCUUUGUCAGUGUCCCAGUGAUUUUUCUGCCUCCAUUUUGAAAUCUGGUCAUAAUAUGCAAGUUGCUGGUAGUCUGUCUAGGGUUAGUCCCUGUCCCUGAGAGAGGAGCAGUUCUAUUCUGCUGAUUUCCCCAUUGAUUUGACCUGACAAGUAACAAAGAACUACACAUUCAGGGUUGUGCAGAGACCGUUUUACUGUUCUUGUCAUGUUGAGUAGACUAUUAUUCCAUUGUUCCUUUCUCAGUCCGGCACUGAUUUUAGGCCAUAGCCAUGCCAGAAACUGUGAUACAAUGGAUUGGAUACAUGCUGGAGACACAUGAUGAGAAUAGAUCUGUGAUGCAAUGUCUCUCCUGUAGAUUAUACGGUUAUGUGCCACACUAGCGUCAGUCUUGAUUUUAGCUCUGUGUUUUCUGUUGUGACUGGGGGAAUGUGAAUGAAACUAGGAAUGCAUUUUUAGUAAUGUGAUGUUGUGAACAAUUAGGAUUGCAUUUUAACAGAACGUUAUUUACUUAUUGUUGAUUCCAGUGAAUCUGAAUUGUGAACGUGUGUUCUGAAGUGGUCUUAUCCAAUCCAUUGUGUUACUUGGUACCAGUGACAAUUUUGCGCUAUACAUGUAAUUUCCUGUAGGAAGCGCUUUCUCAAAGACACAAAAGUUGUACCUAUGGUGUAAGAGAAAAUCCAUCUGUGCACACUUCUUUCCAGACACUCGAUCCCAUUCUAGAAGAGUAGAUGCGGGGGGAGGCAAAUGGUGGCGGAGAACCUUUUUAUUUACCUGGUCCUGGGGUACUCCUGUGUAUGUUUGUUCAUUCUGCUGUUUAGUCUGGUUUUUUAGGACAAUUGAUGGUCGAGUUAGUUUUCUUGCAAAACCAACACAUACAGGGGGAUACUAGAGGACAGGGUUUCUGAAACAAUGGUCGACCACUCACCCCUGCUCACACCCAGCUCCUGCUGUAAAACCGAAUGUGUGACCAGUCGGUAUCCAGCAAUCCCAUAUUGUCAAAGCUUUGCAUAUGGAACUAAGUAAAUUCAUGCACUUGACAUCAAAUAAACGUUUGCUCAAAGCAACAAGCUGUCAACUAGACCCCAACCCUUUGAGCACAUGGCAAAACUCUGAGGUGAAAAUAUGCUUUCUGUAGUGAUGCAUAACUUCACCUUUGAACUAUAGACUGAGGUUGCAAUAUGAAGUGUGUGGCACUCUAAUGCUCUGUAGUAUAGUAAAUGGCUAUCUAUUAUCGUUUUGGAAUAUAGUUUGAGAUAUGCAAUCAAUUUGGCCUUUUCAAAGGGUUGACUUAAAACAGAGCUUUGAUAUGCUUCAAUUAAACCUUGUUUAAUGCAAAUGCAGCUGUAGACUAAAUUCAAAUGUAUUAAUCGAUUUAUUGGACAGUGGUAGAAAGUAGUCUAUUUGGUCAUAUCAUUCAUGUUAGCCCCCGUCCAGGAAAUGUAAUGCAUUUUAACUCAACCUAGCUACUUUAAAAAGGAGCAGAAUGAGAGUUUAACAUAAAAUGAGGGAAAUGGUUGUACGUUUUCAGCAUACGUUUGCGAGCUUCCAAUGUAGUGUUAAUAAAGGGGUAUUAACGGGUGAUAUCUGGCAGCACAUCACAGUACAACUGAGAGGUUGUACAUAAAGAAUACAAUAUUUUUUCAUGACAAUAUACAUUUACAAAAAUGCUUUUAGUUUUGUAUGGUGAGGGGUUCUGUGACAUGUUCUGCAUUAUGGGUGUUGUCCACAAGGGGGUCUCCUGGUAAAAAUAAAUAAAAAUGGUGUAUCCACUGGUUACUCCACUUCCUGGUGAUGGGCGUUUGGCCAGUUGUAAUUCUGUGAGUGAUUUAAGAAAAGGGUUUAUUUUCCGAUGUGGAGACUAGUUUGUGAACAGUGAUUGUGUCAAAUGUCUUUAGAUGUUGUCAAUAGUGAAAACCUGUAGGUUUCUUCCACAGUUCAUUGGACAUGCAGUUUUGUCCAUGCUCUGUGUCCUAUUCUGUCCUGUGAACUAGACUAGAGAUGUGAUUCCAUGAGGCAUUCUCGCACUACGUCACUCCUCCUCUUCGGAUGUACCUUCACCCUGUUCUGACGGAGUGAAAAAGUGGGGUGGAACAAGCCUGGUCCCAGAUAAGCAUGAGCUGGAUAACCUUCACAAUAGGAGUUGCCUAAUACACUUUUAAACAGUUCUGGGACCAAGCCAGGGUGCAGUGGAAACACGGUGGAGACCACACUUGUUUCUGUCAUUCUCUCUAUUGUCAUUCCUCUUCUUUUUUCUUUUUCUCCCACGUCUUGAUUUCUUCUGUCUUCUUCAUCAUUACCAGGGGAAAUAGUGCCAAAUGUUUAUGUUGUCUACCUACCAUUCCACUGUCAAGUCAGGGAUUUAAAUGUUGUCUUUAUUACAUUUGAGGAAAUCAGUCUAUUGACCAUGUAAUAGGAGAUUUAGAUUUAGCAUGAUGAACUGGUGAUGCUCAGGGUACAAUAUAGUAAAGUAAUGCUACAUUGUACCAUACGUUAGCUCCUCUCUGUUGGGCUGUAAUGAUAAUACAGCAGCUGUGAGGUAACAGUAGGGCUGGGAAACAUCCACAUGCUUCUGUGUCUCUGACUUUAAAUGGCAGUCUUCAAAGGCUUCAUGUUAAGACCCAGACUCGGUUUGAAAAGUUAUCAUUAUAAGGGGUCAAGCAGACAAAAGUUGGAGGAGUUUGGAUAUUUGAAUAUCUUUCACCAGGUUUUUGUCUGUCGCUUAGAUCUGUCCUACUUUUUUCAAGGUUAAAUUUUUCCAGAUCCUUUGUUUGUGAUUUUACUUGCAGGCAUCAUCAAAAUUAAUCUGUUUUACAUUGUGAUGAGAGUUAUUACAUUGUCUUGUAGACUGAUGAUGAUAAAAUAUGUGGCUAUUCUAUAAUACACCUUUUAUUUUAGAUUUUCUUACUAAAAUGUAUGAUUAUUCUUGUGGCAAUAAAAAAAACACAUUUGAAACGUG